CAUUGCUACUUGAUAAUAUCAACAUUUUUUAAGAUAUUACCAAUUGCAAUAAGUAGGCAAUAUAACGUGCGGCAUUAUACCGCGAGAAGUAAGAAAUCGGAAGUCUCCUACUAUCUGAAAAUAACGUUAUCAAUGCCAAAUUUAGAUAUCGUGAACAUGGCGCCUUUCAUGAUCACUUAAAAAUGUCAAAUUGUUGAUUGUAAUCAGUGAGAUAUUUGCGCUUAACUUGCUUCAGCAGAAAACACUGGUCAAGGGUAAAAAGCCGCUGUGACGUGUUUCUGGAUUUAUUUUGACGUGGCACGUUCAGCAACAACAGAUACUGAUAUUGCUUGAACAGAAAAGAAAGCGAUAACCUAUAACAAUGGAUGAAACGUACUUUGAUGAAGGGCCAGCGGGAAAUUUUGAAACAGCUACCUUAGAAAUUACCAAAGAUCUUGAUGGAAAUGAAUUUAACAAUUCGGUUUCCGCAGCCAGUGGAGUUGACGUUGACAAAAGAAACAGGGAAAAUGAAGGCAACAUAUCCAAUCAAGUUCCAACUUCAAAAGACAUAUCCACUAUUCCUUUUAAACAUAUAGAUAUUCAUUCUUUCUUUACUGAUAGAAACGAAGUAGUAGAAAGGGCUUUAAAAGACUGUCAUGAUAGUUUAAUAAAUGAAGAAGAGAAAGACAUAGUUGGAAGCUGGCUAUUGACUGAAAUAAGCUUAUGGGAUAUUGAGAAAGAAAGACUGGUCGUUCUUACUAAAACUGCUCUUUAUUCAAUAAAAUAUGAUUUUAUUUCUUUAAAAAUACUUGAAUACAAUCGAAUACCAUUAACUCAAAUAGAUACAUUAAUUUCUGGUGAACUAGUUUAUCCAUCCUCAUCUCUAGCACCACGAUUAAAUGGAUUGGCAGAGGGAAUGUCAUCAAUAGUUAAUUGUGCAGUUCGUCAAGAGUGGUCUACUCUUACCUCUUGUACUGGACUUGCACAAUUUGAAUCUAGGAAAAGACAAAUGUCUGGUAUAAGAUUGAUGUGGAACAAAGGUAAUCCAUUGUCACUAAUUAAAAAGUGGAAUCCCUUUGCAAAAGAUAUACCCUGGCUCACUUAUACUAGUCAUCCAUUAUUUUGGUACAAAGGAUCAGAAGCAGAGAGAGCAAAAUUUGAUAUUGAAGGUUUAUGUUCGAUGAUUAAAGGUUUAUUAACAACAGAGUGUAAUAUAAAAACUGGAUUAAUUAUUAUAGAAAAUUAUAUUGGUGUAGGUGCCUUGGUGCAUAAUAGAAAUGCGCUAGGUUUCUUUAAAAUUCGGGGUAAAAUUAGCUUCUAAAAGUCAAGUAUCUAAAAGCGAUUUAUUCGAAAAAUUUCAAUUUUUAAACUUUUAAACAUACAUUUAUAAAUUUUACGAUAUUUAUAAUGCAAUAUCAAAACUAGCGAUACGAGUAUGUAAUUUCUAUACUAAAUUCUAUAUAGAGCUUUCUAAAAGUUCUGUAUUUACUUUCAAGAGUUUUGUUGUAGAAUAUUCAUAUGCAUGUACUAUGAAUUUAUCUAUUAUAUUUACUUAUUUUCACUCAGUACCUGGUUAACAACAAAGCUAAAAGUAAGAAUAAGCAUAUACAUCACUUUAGAGUAAUUUAUCUAUCUUUUAAAUGUAAAACUAUAUUUUAUAAUUCUAUAUUGUAAGAUUGAGGUUUACUCUUAAUA